AUGCCAGAACAGAGACGGGUCACUUUUGGGAACUGGCCCAUGAAUGGAUAUAAUGGCUCUUAUGCAAGGAACGAGGGCUUAGCCGUUACGCCGCUGUUCAGAAACGGCACCGAGACCAAUUCCUAUCUUGUGAGGCGUACUGACUGUAAUGGGGAUUCGGGGAUCCAUGCCACUGACUACGAUGUCGGUGGGAUAAACCUGCUGUAUUCCACGGCGGAGAUCUUCACCUGGGUGCGUGACUCGCGUAACAUGCGGGUUUUGAUUUCGUAUGGCGUCGAGGAGGAGCUCCAUGAGUUCGCUUUGGAAGGACAUUGA